AUGUCCGCUCACAACGUCGAAUCCACUUUCAGUCCUUCGGGAUCUGAGACGGAAAGCGUUGAAACCAUCCACAAGUCCACAAAGGCUGUUAUCAGUCAAGCAAGGACAGGGAAUGGUUCUGUCAGAUCGAGACAACAGUUAACCUCCGGCACCUCCAACCACGGCAAGUUGUACAAAUGUCCUCCUGUCGACUUAAAACUUAUCCAACCCGAUCAUAAGGAACAAUUGGAAACUGGCAACAACAAUGAGGGAAGUUAUUACGUUGAGGAAGAUCUGCCAGACCGAGCGUUGGGCAGUGUGAAGGAAGAGGAAGAGGAAGAGGAAGAGGAAGAGGAAGAGAAAGAGGAAGAGGAAGAGGAUUGGGCGACCCCACCCUCUUUUGGUGGGGAAUCUAUCGCAUGUUCUGCAGUCGCAACGCUGAGUGUUGUGGAGGAAAAUGAUAGAGGAGCUCAAUGGGGUACUUUUGGUACCUCUUUGACCACAAGGAAUGCAUUGCUGUGCCCGUUCGAGGGGUUCAAAGUUUGGGCUGAGAUUGACACGUCAGGAACGGGAGCUUUCAUAUCAAAAUCUCUAAACUUCAAACGGUCCGAACGGAUGCAUCAAGAUAGCUAUCACCAUUCGAACAACAGAUAUGUGCAUGACAGAAUGUGUUCUAUCUCAUUCGGACAUCCGAAUAACCAUUCUUGA